AUGAAUAACCAGCACUUAAUUUAUAGGUCAGUAUUGAUUAAAUAUUUUCCCAAAGAAAAGGGGAAAAAAUAUUUUUUGUUCAUAAACAUAAUUGUAUAUUGUAUAUUAAGCGUCUUAUAUGAUAUUUUUCCUAACAUUACAUUUCCAAAUUAUAUUUUUGUGAAUACUAAAGACAUUGUAAUUUAUAAUACAAGAGUCAUCAGAUCACUAUAUGAAGAAUAUCAUUUUAAUACAAUAAAGGAAAAAAUAUUAUUAAAUGAUCUAAUAAAAGAUGAUUUAAUAAAAAAUGAUAUAAAAGAAGAUCAUAUUAAAAAGAGUGAUAUACAGGAGGAGGAUCUAAAGAGUUAUGAAAAUUUUAAAUAUAAUUUGAUGAAAAAUGAAGAAAAACAGGAUAAUUUAAUAAAAGAAGAUAUAAUAGUUAAUUUAUCAAACAAUGAUAAUAUAAUAAUAUAUAAUUCGUAUGAACAAAAUAUAUUACAAGAUUUUCCAUAUGAACAAAAUAUAUUACAAGAUUUUCCAUACGAAGAAAAUAUAUUACAAGAUUUUCCAUAUGAAGAUAAUAUAAUAAUUAGUAAUUCAAGGGAUGAUUAUUUAAUAGAGGAAGGAAUAAAUGAAAACUCUUCUAUAACAGUUGAUUUAAAUAACAGUAUGAUAAAUGAGACAAAUGAUGUUGAUAACGAAAAGGAUAAAGUUAAAAUGAUUAUAUAUUCAUAUAUAAAAAAAGUGGAUUCAUGUAAAAAAGAUAUAAAUCAUAAAAAAUUUGGAAAAUGUCGAGAUGAAGAAGACGAAAGAUAA